AUGGCGCGACAGCAAACUUACACGGGGAGGGAACGACCUACGGAGCCGGAUCGACGGUUUUCUGUCAUGGAUCUCAAACACCAGGCUGCGGAGUAUUACCGGAGCAACGAAGUACCGCAGCGCUUGGAGGAAGUACUCAACACCAUGUUCUACCAGCGUCCCGGGGAUCUCUACGGUUAUCUGGCAAACUUCUUCUCUGAAUUAUCUAAACCUCCAGUGAUAUGCAAAUUAGAUGCUAAAAGUGUGCUGGAUGGAACUGGCCGACCAACAUUAGAAGUUGAAGUCUUUUGCCGAGUUAGAGACUAUGAUAAGAUUAUUUGUUCCAGCAUGAUCUCAUGUCAUGCUGAAAUUCUUGAAAAUGCUUCAGCAGAAGCAAUUGAUGCAGAUGAAAAGGAAAGAUACGAAUCUUUGAAUACGGCAAUUGAAUGGAUAAAUGAAUCACUGAAUGAAAUGCUCAGAGGCCUUCAACCUAGUGACCAACAAAAGAUUGAUGAGUUAUUAGGUGAUUAUUUUACAAGAAAAUCUGAACAAGACAAAGAAAAAAGGGAACCUGCAAAAGAAAAAGAAAGUCAGGAAAUGAUGGCCCCUGCUUCUCCAUUGGCCACCAUACCUGCUGGAAAAAAGAAACCAAACAAAACAGGCAAAAAAAUGUCUGUGAUAGAAAAGCCAAUAGUCCCAGCAGAACUCCCGGAACCUGUACUUAUGGGCAGUUUGGCUAUUGGAUGUACAUCACUUGCUAUUGCAAAGACUGCCGCAACUGUUCGUGACAUACCUUUGUACUUAUAUAUUGCUUUGCUGAAACAUGAUCAGAAGAAGCCAAAAGAACUGGUUAUGCCACUGCCAAUGAUAACAGUUUUGAAUUGCGGAAAAUCAUCACCUGGAAAACUGAAUUUAAUGAAAGAAGUGAUGUUGAUCCCUCCUGCCUGGUUAACAGUUAAACAAGCCCUAACAAGAUGUAUGGAUAUUCAGAAACAGAUGCUGAAAUUGAUAGAAAAAAUGAAUAAAGAAUCUGGUUCUGCAAUAGAUGACAAAAAAGCUGCUUCACGAGAUGCAGGGAAAAAGACGCUGCUUCCUGUUCCUAAAAAAAUAUCCCAUUUAGGUUGUCUGGUAAUGGGAUUUGACAGUCUGGAACAACCACUAACCUUGAUCCAAUCAGUAUGCACACAUCUUUCUUUGGAAUUAGGAACAGAUAUAUACUUGGGGAUAAAUUGUGCUGCUCAUGAACUAAUGGACUAUAAUAAAGGAAAAUAUGAGGUAAUUGCUGGAAUACCUAAAUCUGCUGAUGAAAUGGUGGAUAUGUAUUUAGAUCUGGUUAAGAAAUUCCCUUCUAUUUUAACAUUAAUAGAUCCAUUGAGAAAAGAGGACAGCCAACAGUGGAUCCACCUGUGCAAUGUUUUGGGUUCUAAAUGUUAUUUAAUUGCAGAAGACUCAUGCAGGAAUUUGACGAAACUUCUGGGUUCUAAGAAAAGCAAUAUGCCAAAAUGCAGUGGUCUUGUCAUAAAACAUAUCAAUGAAGCUAAAAUUUUGGACCUUAUACAAAUGACCCAGCGAUUAGAUGGUUGGAGGCACAUUUCCAUUUUAGGAAGUCCAGAUGGAGAAUCUUCUGAUGAUAGCCUUGCAGACCUGGCUGUUGGACUGGGAACCAAAUUCAUCAAACUGGGAGGUCUUUCCCGUGGAGAGAGGAUAGUCAAGUACAAUCGACUUCUUGCAAUAGAGGAAGAACUAAACAAGAAUGGGAGGCUUUGUGAAAGAGAUGAGUAUGAAUUUAUUGACUUUACUGAAGAGGAAGAAGAAGAAGGCGAAGAGGAAGAAGAAGAAGAGGAAGAAGAAUUUACAGAUUCUCCUUCCGGGAGUAGACAAGCUGUAGUCUAGAAAUUAAUGUUUCAGAUUUUGCAUUGGUUGAUUCAAGCUGACCCUGGAAUUCUUUUGGGAAUCCAUUGUGUCUUUCCCAAGACAGCAACUGUGAUAAAAAUGUAAAUUUAUUUCUCUUAUUGUCAUUAAAAAUAUUUUAUUUUGUCAUCCUGUUGCAGUGUGCACAGUGUCCAACACAAUGACUAUUUUCUCCUUUCAAUUCUACCUAUGUUUAGUUCUACAUAAAUAAGACUGUCUUCUGGUAAAAUUUCUUUCAGUGGGAGAAACUAACAAUAUAUAUUAUAGAUGAUUAUAAAAUAAAUGAUUCAUUAAAUUCCACUAAUGCAAAUAUUUGUUUGAAUAGUAACCAGUGUUGAUGUGGGGUUUAUCAUAAAAUUCUUUAUUCAAAAUAUGCAUCAUCCUAAUAAUUGACAAUAUAAAAAACCCCAAAACAUCUUUGGUUUAUUGUUAUUUCAAUUAACAAGUAACCAUCUGAAAUAUAAAUUGAAAGUAUUUUAUCAGAAUAUUAAAGUUAUAUGAACAAUUAAGAUCAGGAAUAAUGUUUAUGGCCCAGUAUUAUGAUUACCAACUAAAGGUUUGCAGAAUUAAUGUAAAUUCCUAGUGCAAUAUAAUGCAAUUUAUGGUGACUCAUCAGUUUUGCUGCAUGUCUGUAAAUUUUUAUGUGAAAAAUGAAAACAACAGCAACACGAUACUCCAGAAACAACAAAUCACAGUAUUUGGGAAAUAACCCGGGCAUUUAAUAAGCAGCAUCAAAAGAAUAAUUAAUUUCAUACUAUAACAGUUUGAGAAGAAAUGUGCCUUUUUAA